CAUGACAGCACAAACAUUUUGCUGAAUUUAACACUUAAAUAAACCCUGAAAAUUUGUUCAUAUGUCAGCAAAAAUGCUUUUUUUUAAUACAUUUUUAGUACAAACACAUUUAUCAAACUUAUUUCGUGAAAAAUACGUCUUCUUUUAAAGGAGUCAUCUACAACUCAUAACUGUUGCAUUAUUUAUCAAAAACACACAUUACAUUCAUGGAUUAACUCUAUUAUCAUGAUAUUUGUCAGACCGCAUGGUCUCCAUCAUUAGCAUGAAAUGCAUGACUAGCACACACGAUACACAGACAAAACUUGAAACAAACUUUUACACUUCUUUUAAAAGUAAAUUAUUAAAGACUUUAAACAAAGUCAUUUACAUUCCUCAUAACUCUAACAUGUCAAAAACAUACUCUUAUUACAUUAAUGUGUUUCGUACCUAUGAGGGGAGACAUAAGUAUUAAUAAAACACAGGACACGGAGUUGUUGCUGCUUCACCAUUAGAGUCUGUGACCUAUGUUUCCUAUGACCCGGAAACCAAUCGAACUCAGCCAUCUUGAAGGACAUCUCAAUUCUCUAAUUGCACCGUGAGGAGGCGAGGAACGAGGAGUGAGGAGGCUUCCUGAGAAGUCAUGAGCGAGGAUACACAGGUGUAUCCUUUGCGAAGUUUUUCUCGUCGAAAAACCUGACACACGUAUAAAUUCUCCUCCCCCUUCAUACACUAUAUUGACAAAAGUUUUGAGACGCCUGCCUUUACAUGCACAUGAACUUUAAUGACAUCCCAUUUUAAUUCAUAGGGUUUAAUAUGGAGUUGGACCACCCUUUGCAGCUAUAACAGCUUCAACUCUGCUGGGAAGGCUUUCCACAAGGUUUAGGACUGUGUUUAUGGGAAUUUUUGACCCUUCUUGAAGUGCAUUUGUGAGGUCAGGCAGUGAUGUUGGUGAGAAGGCCCGGCUCACAGUCUCCGCUCUAAUUCAUCCCAAAGGUGUCUAUCGGGUUGAGGUCAGGACUCUGUGCAGGCCAGUCAAGUUCCUCCACACCAAACUCGUUCAUCCAUGUCUUUAUGGACCUUGCUUUGUGCACUGGUGCACAGUCAUGUUAGAACAGGAAGGGGCCAUCCCCAAACUGUUCCCACAAAGUUGGGAGCAUGAAAUUGUCCAAAAUAUCUUGGUAUGCUGAAGCAUUAAGAGUUCCUUUCACUGGAACUAAGGGGCCAAGCCCAACCUGACCCCGCUCUGUGAUUUUACGUGGCCUAUCACUUUGUGGCUGAGUUGCUGUUGUUGCCAAUUGCUUCCACUUUGUUAUGACACCACUAACAGUUGACCGUGGAAUAUUUAGUAGUGAGGAAAUUUCACGAAUGGACUUGUGAAUUGCACAGUGAUAAACCUAUCACGGUACCACGCUUGAAUUCACUGAGCUCCUGAGAGCGACCCAUUCUUUCACAAAUGUUUGUAGAAGCAGUCUGCAUGCCUACUGCUUGAUUUUAUACACCUGUGGCCAUGGAAAUGAUUGGAACACCUGAAUUCAAUGAUUUGGAGGGGUGUCCCAAUACUUUUGGCAAUAUGUCACAAUAAUUUAAAUGUAUCCUUUACUUUUGCAGUUUAAAUGAACUUUACAUCUCACAUAUUUCAACAGGGCAUCUUGCUUUAUUAAUACUUAUUAUAAUCUUUUUAAAUAACCAAACUUUAACAACAUAUGGGUAGAUCCCUUGAGUGCAGCUGAUGACGCUUUGAAGUGAUGCUAAAGGGAGCGAGGAUAUCAUUUCACUUGAUUUAAUUCCUCCGUCCUCACGUCUUUUUCCUUGUGUCCUUCUCUCGCAUCCUGAAGGGGUGGAGCUAAGACACGAGGAAAGGAAGUGAGGACAGGAAACGAGGAUGCACAAAUAAGAAUUGAGAAGCACCCUAUGUAUUGUUUGAGCAGCAUGCUCCCUCCCCAUGCAGGUGAACACUUCCCAAGGGAAAAGCAAUCAAAUAAUCGAUCAAUCAAGGCUGAGCAAGGAACAUCAAUUGCUUGAAAAAUGAAUAAACAAUGUAAAAUACAUUUGAUAGAUACAUUCUCGUCUUGUCACAUUUAUUUAUUUAUUAUUAUCUAUCUAUUUUUGUAACCACCACACACACACACCACUAAACUUUACAUAAAUUUAAGAGAAAAGUUAGGAAAAAUAACUAUGGGCCAGGCUACAAAAGUUUCCCACAUUCCAAGGAUGUUCUUUUAAAACAGCACACACAGCCUUAUUCAUUUAAAGUUAGUUAUCGUUCUAAUGUUUAAAGGAUGUUCCAAGAAUGUUAUUCUAAGAAUGUUUUCUCCCAACAUUAUGAGGACAUAUAAAAAACCUUCUACAAACAAUGUAUAAAUAAUGUUUUUCUGCUAACCUGUUGAGAACAUUCUUGAAGAUCAGAUAACACUGAACAAAUGUUCUAUUAACGUUACUGGAAGAAUGUUUGUACAUAACUAUCAGAGAACCUUGCCAGAACAUUAGCCAAAGUUUUGAGAACGUUCCGUCAGCUGGGCUGACGCUGUUGAGAACGACAUCAGUGUUUUUCUGCAGAGCUGCUUUAUAGAUGAAGUGAACCAAUUAUUUGAUGAUCUUUACAAUGGAACUGAAUCAACACUGAACUGACUUCAGCUGAACAAGGACACUAUUUUCUUUUAGAACUGCUGUAUUUAUUGUCAUCUGCUGUUGUCUUUGUCAUUUUGAACUUUUACCUUUGCUUCCUGUCAGACUAGACAGACAGAAACAGGGUUUUUUACCUUUUAAAUGUGACUGACUCCACCCACAUACUUCUUUCUGCUUGUCAAAAAAAGAAACAUAACCAUAAUGAACCUCGGCAUACAGGUAUGACAUUUCCUUAUAAACACUCUCUUUAUGUUUGUUAUAUGAAAUGUAAAUGUGAGAUACAACACUUAAUAACGUCAGUGAGUUUCACUAUUAUUCUUUGUCAUAAAACCAAAUCAAAAAUACAUGUGUUCAGUGUUAAGAUGUAUAAAUUAGUACUUUAAUUUAUAUUUAGUUCUCAUCAGACAAAUGUAAAAUUUUAACUGCUUUAAAUCAUUCAAAUCCUUCUCUUCAGUCAUUCAGUUUUAUGUAUUUCAGGAGAGCAGCACAUUUACUUAGGCCAAUAUGAUUGUUUUGAAUGGGGAAAUAAAUAUCCAGAGAACUAACCAACCAUAACAUUGUGUUUGACUAAUUCCAUCAGUUAAUUUACACAUUUUAUUUACACAUUUACAUUUUGCUUUAGAUCUCUAGAAAGGGUAUGCUAAUUACUGUCAUAUAGAAAAAAACUGUCUGGUUAUCUGGAGUCAUUAAGUUUUAUUUCACAUCACAUUUUGUGUCAUGCUCCUUUACUCACCGCACACACACAGAAAAAUGUCCUUCAGCAAGACAAACAAGUAUGGUCUGUAUAUUAAAGGUGCACAGUACAAUCCUAGGUGUUAAUCCAGGGUGUUAAAAGUAACACCGAAGCAGUGUUAGAGUUAAUUAGGUACUUAAAAGGAUAGUUCACCCAAAAUUAAAAAUUAUCCCAUGAUUUACUCGCCCUCAAGCCAUCCUAGGUGUAUAUGACUUUCUUCUUUCAGCCAAACACAAUUACAGUUAUAUUAAACAUAUCCUGGCUCUUCCAAGCUUUAUAAUGAGAGUGAUUGGAGGAUGAAGCAAAUUAAUGCAUUUGUAAAAGAAUUAUAUAAAAUAUAAAAUUUAUCCACUAACCAUUCAGAAACAUCCAGAUGUAUUCUAUAAGUUGUAACUUCUUCCUGAGUCUCUCCAUCAGUGUCGACUCCGGUUUGAACAAUGUAGGGCUGAACAUCGUUACUGACAAUCAUCAUUUUGGCUGCAUGAGAUUGUCCAGCUUUGUUAUUGUUGAGCAACGAAGCGUAAGCUGUUAAAGCUCCGCCCUCUUCUGGAAAGUGGGCCGGGAGCAGCAGCUCAUUUGCAUUUAAAGGGACACAAAAACGGCAUGUUUUUGCUCACAGCCCAAAAAGGGGCAAGUUUGACAAGCUAUAACAAAUGAUCUGUGGGGUAUUCUGAGCUGAAACUUCACAGACACAUUCUGGGGACUCCAGAGACUUAUAUUACAUCUUGUAAAAGGGGCAUUAUUGGUCAAAUACGUAUGGCUGUCGUGCCAGAUGCUCAGUAUUUUACUUCAUAAAGUUUUAAACAAGGGUAUUUGUCUAAUUGUGUUUGGCUGAAAGAAUAAAGUCAUAUACACCUAGGAUGGCUUGAGGGUGAGUAAAUUAAAUGAUUAAUGGAGUGUUGAUUGUUCGAUUAUUGAAGACACCUGCUGAUAAUGAGCAGAAUCACUGAGGGAAAGAGAAACACAAGAAUUCCUUAGAUUAAAUAAACUGAAAAGACAUUAAAUCUCCAUUAUUACAAACCAGACUGACUUUAUUUCUGUCAUUCGCCUAUAGUUCUUUUUGAGAAUUGACAGUUAAUUCUCAAUAAGAGCUUCUGUAGACAUAUGACAGAAAUAAGGUCAAACUGGUUAAUAAUGAGUGUAAUAAUGUGUAGUGGCUGGAAGUCAGCCGAGUUUUAAUUUAUUGCAGGGUAUCUUUACAAUAACAUUCUAUAAAGUAGAUUAUGGUAAUGAACUGUACAGUCAACAGUAAAUCACUGGCAACAGUGUUGACCAUUUUUUACAAUGUAUGAAAAAAGCUUUUUGAAUGAUCAGUCAUUGUUUUUUGUUUGUUUGUUUGUUUGUUUGUUUGUUUUUUGUUUUGUUUUUUUAAAUUCAUCCAGCAAAGAGAGAGAGAGAGAGAAACACAUUUAACCUGUAUUAUGAUUAUUGAUGCUAUUAUUAGAAAAAAAAAUGCUAAAAUGUUCAUCCCUAAUUAUAACAGAAUUAAAGUCAAAAUGUGUUUAUGCAUAAAAAACAUAUCACUCACCACUGCUAUGUUCAACAAUAUACAAGUAUACAAGAUAUCAACAGAUAUCUAAAUCUUUUAUCUAAAGUGACUUGCAGUGAAUUAAAGCUGACUGUUUGAUCAGUGUGUGUGGAAUCAAACUUGUGAGCAGGCUUGCAGCUCCAUACGACACAUUCUGAUGAAAUGAAAUCUCAGUGUAAUCUCUUGCAGGAUGAUGAACAGACAGUUGUCAGGAAUCACAGAUCAUCUAAAAACUAAAGAAAGAGACGGAGAGAACAGAAUAUAAACAUGUCCAGCACAGACAACACAGUGAUUGUUGCCCAGAAUCCUGCUAACAGGAAAAGAUUGAGCAGAGACCAUCCUCCUGCGAUGAGGAUUGUUCUGCUGGGGAAGAGCGUUUUAGAAAACAGUGGAGCGGGAAACUUCCUGUUGGGACGAGAAGCGUUUGACAGUGAAGCUCCUCCAGAUGUUGUAGAGAGAGUCGGAGGAAGAUUGAAGGACAGACAUGUGAUGGUCAUCAACAGUCCUCAGCUGCUCCAGACAAACAUCUCAGAUCAUCAGAUCACACAGACAGUGAGAGAGUGUGUGUAUCUCUCUGAUCCAGGACCUCAUGUGAUCGUUCUGCUCCUCAAACAUGAUCAGUGUUCAGCAGAAGAUCAGGAGUGUGUGGAGAAGGUACUGGACUCUUUCUCUGAGCGCGUUUAUCAACACACCAUGGUGCUCACCACACAAGAGCCGACUGAAACUAAUGACAUCCUACAUAAAAUCAUUCGGAAAUGCUUCUACAGACACUUCAGUCUUCAGAGAAGCAGCUCUCCUGAUGAUCUUCUGCAGAUGUUUGAGGACAUUGUGCAAAAGAAUGAUGGACAGCACCUAGAUUGUGCUGAAGAUGAAGCUUCACAGUGUUUCACAAUGAAGCAACAGGACACAGAAAGACUUUCAGAGGGUGUGAAGCUGAAUCUGGUUGUGUGUGGGAGUGAUGGGACAUUAAAAUCCUCCAUAUCAGAGCAGAUCCUGCAGCAGACAGAAAGAGACGUGAAGCUUCAUGGAUGUCUGAUCAGUCUGGUGGAGCUUCCAGCUCUCAGUCGGCUCUCAGAGGAGGAAGUGAUGCGUCAGACUCUCCGCUGUGUGUCUCUCUGUCAUCCUGGAGUUCAUGUUUUCCUCCUAGUUAUUCCUGAUGCUCCACUCAAUAAUGAGGAUAAAGCAGAAAUGGGGGAGAUCCAGAGGAUAUUCAGCUCCAGAAUCAACAAACACAUGAUGAUCCUCAUAAUGCAGAAUUCAGAGCAUCAGAGAGCAGAACUCAAUGAAGAAACACAGUCUGUCAUUGAGAGUUUUGAAGGACGACAUCAUUUCUUUGGUCCCAACACACAAGUGUUCACAUUGAUGGAGAACAUUGAGAAGAUGCUGGAAGAAAACAGAGGAGGCUUUUUCUCCACAGAGACAUUUCUGGAGGCACAGAUGAAAAAACUGCUGCAAUUUGAAGAGAUGAAGAAGAAGAUCAACUUACUAGAGACAAAUUUACUGUCACAAGGUUCAACAGAGUGUGAAGAUCUGAGGAUUGUGCUGCUGGGAAAAACUGGAGUUGGGAAGAGUGCAACAGGAAAUACCAUCUUAGGAAGAAAUGCAUUUAAAGUGGAGCAGUCUUUUGAAUCAGUUACUAAAGAGAAUCAGAGAGAAACAUCUGAAAUCAACGGCCGACACGUUACUGUUAUUGACACUCCAGGACUGUUUGAUACUGAACUUACUAAUGAGGAGAUCCAGAGAGAAAUCAGCAACUGCAUCUCCAUGAUACUGCCUGGACCACAUGUGAUUCUCCUACUGAUAUCACUGGGACGCUUCACUAAAGAAGAAACAACAUCAGUGAAGAUCAUCCAAGAGACGUUUGGUGAGAAAUCUUUAAUGUAUACCAUGGUGCUCUUCACCAGAGGAGAUGAUCUGAAGGACAAAACUAUUGAAGAGUGUUUGGGAAAACCUGGAUCUGCUUUGAUGAACCUGAUUGAAGCAUGUGGAAACAGAUUCCAUGUGUUCAAUAAUAAUAAUAAUCAGACUGGAGACCGUACACAGGUGUUUGAUCUACUGAAGAAGAUAGACGCUAUGGUGAAAGCAAACGGAGGGAGUUUCUAUUCAUGUAGGAUGUUCAGACAGAUGGAAAGAGAAAAACAAGAACAACAGAUGAAGAUCCUGAUGGACAGAGUCAGAGAAAGAGAAGAACUGAUGGACAAACUAGAAGAAGAGAAAGAGAGAAUAAAGAUGAUGAUGGAGGAAGAACGACAGAAUCAAGACAAAGAGAGAAAUAGAAGAGAAGCUGAGGAUAAGAAUAGGUGGGAGAGAGAAAAACAGAUUUGUGAAGAACAGUUUCAUAGACUGAAGAGUGAAAUGGAAGGAAUAAUCAGAGUAAAAGAGAGAAUAGAAAGAGAGAGACAAGGACAACUAGAGGAUUUAGAGAAGAGACUGAAAGAAGAAAGAAACGUGAGAGAAGAUCAACAAAAGUAUUUUGAAGAGAAACUGAAACUCCUUGAAGAACAGCAUGAAGAUGAACUGAGGAGAAGACGAGUGGAGUGGAGACAGCAAUAUGAACGAGAGAAAGAGAAGAUGAAGAAGAAGUUAUGCUCUGAAAUUGGUCAUUCACUACAGGGCGAAAUCAAAGACAUUGGAACCUCAGAAGGCAGAGCAGAAAGAAUACAGCAUCUAUUACAAAGACUUCAUCUUGACAGGCACCACAAUAAACUGAGAGCUGCAGAAGUUCUUCAGAUAACUAAACAUUCAUUACAGUCCCAUGAGUCUUGUGCUGAAGAAGAGCUGAUUCAGACUUUCAUACAAAAACUACUGAUGAUGAACUACAGAGCAAGAUGCAUUCAUGCUAAAGAGAACAAUGACUCAUUUGAAGAUGAGAGUGAUAUUUUUAAAGAUUUAUCUUUAUCAAACACAGGAACAAGUCAAUCUGAGCAAAUCCACCCGAUGGAUGUUCAGAUGGCCUUAUUUCAUUGUGCUGAUGGUUUCCUGAAGCAGCUGAUGGUCACUAAACUGUCCCAGUGUCAGUACGCUCUGCCUCUGCUUGUUCCUGAUCCAUUCACACAGCAGAUUGAGUUUCCUCUCUGGACAUUCAGACAAAUCAACAAGAGCUGGAAGAUGAGAAUCACCAACAAUCAAAUCACCAGUCAAACCCAGCCGAUCUACAAGGCAGAAACUCCAAUGGUGUUUUUCUUCAGGUUUGGCUCUGUGUCUUCAUCCAAGUCUGAGCUGAUGAACAGUCUGAUCAAUGAGAGACACAACACGUUCUUCCACAGGAACUGCCCAGGCAGCAGCAGAACCAGAGUCCUGAUGGAUGGAGUGGUGGAGAUCGCCUGGUUCUGCCCCUCUGGGAAAAACAUGGAUAAAUUCACUGAUUGUGUUGCAUUCUGUAAUCUUCAUGGUGAUGCAGGAUACCAUGAGAAACAGCUGCAGAUCCUCACCGAAAUGGCCACAGUCAAUGUUGUUAUUCUGCCAAAACUUCAGAGGAAUGACAAAAGCAUGACAGAAGUUGAAAAACUCUACAAGGACUCAAAGCCACUCAUUUGUCUUUUUACUGAGGAUGUUUCAACUCUACCUGAGAUGCAGAAAGGGAAAUACAACAUUGGUUUGAAAGACAGAAAUCAGUCAGAUGUAUCUAAAGAACUCAGAAGAGCGAUAAAUGAUUGUCUCUCAGAACCAUCUUCCACUUUCAGACUUGAAGAUAUGACCAAACACUCAGACAUCAGAGUAGAUGAGGAAGAUGAUGAUGACUGCAGGAGAGGAAGAGAAGCAGCACAGCAGAUGAUGAGUUUACUGAAGAAGAAAGAUCUGAUAAAAAAUAAAGAAUCAAUUCUCCCCUGUCAGGGGAAACUGUGGCAUCAGUGGUGUCAGAAGAACAGAGAACUACACCGACUUCAAAAAGAAGAACAAGAAAAUGAAAAGGAAACAAAUAAAAAGAAAACAGAAAUGAAUAAAAUCCGUGAACAGCAGAAUAAAUCUGACAUCAGUGAGAUUGUGAAAUUCUUUAUUACAGAAAUUGACUCAGGUGCUGAACAUGAGAUGAUGUUUUUCCUCAAAUGGCUCACAAUCCUCCUGGAUGAACAAACUUCAGGUGGACUCAAGUAUAAUGAAAAAUGGGCAUCGACUGUAAAAUUGAAAGAGAAACCUGAUAAAUAUGGACAACUUCGCCCUAAACAAAAUAAACAUGUCAAAAUAUCUGAAGAUCUUCAAGCUGCAGCCUUUGGUUUGGAGCACAUCAUGAGGGAGAUCGGUCAGAUCUAUGAAUCAUGUUCAUCUGUGAAGAAGCAAAAGAAAGGACUGCAGUUCGACUUCUCAUCUCUCCCAAGUAUUGCAGCAGAGAUGAUGAUCUCUGGAUUUCCACUGGAGCUCAUGGAUGGAGAUGCCGCUCAUGUUCCUGUGAUCUGGAUCUCUGCUGUUCUAGAUGAACUCAUCCAGAAACUGGGAGACCAGAGAGUCUUUGUGCUGUCAGUUUUAGGGAUUCAGAGCUCUGGGAAAUCCACCAUGCUGAAUGCCAUGUUUGGACUCCAGUUUGACAUCAGUGCUGGCAGGUGCACCAGAGGAGCUUUCAUGCAGCUGGUCAGAGUUUCAGAAGAGAUGAAACCACAGAUGAACUGUGACUGUAUUCUGGUCGUUGAUACUGAGGGUCUACAACUGUCUGGAAGAUCAACAAGACAUCAUGACAAUGAAUUGGCCACAUUUGUUGUUGGUCUUGGAAAUCUGACAUUGAUCAACAUCUUUGGAGAAAACCCAACUGAACUGCAGGAGAUUCUUCAGAUUGUUUUUCAGGCCUUCCUGAGGAUGAAGAAGGUCAGACUGAAUCCCAGCUGUGUGUUUGUGCAUCAGAACUUUUCCGAUGUCACAGCCAGAGAGAAAAACAUGGAGGGAAGGAGACGACUGAAGGAGAAACUUGAUGAGAUGACAAAACUUGCUGCUAAAGAUGAGGUCCAUGAUGCAGAACGUUUCAGUGAUGUAACUGGAUUUGAUGUUCAGUAUGAUGUGAAGUAUUUUGCUCAGCUCUGGGAGGGCAGCCCACCCAUGGCACCACCAAACCCAAAAUACUGUGACAACCUUCAAGAACUAAAGGAAACUAUUAUAACUCAUGCCUCAAAAUCACAUAGAAUGAUGCUGACAGACUUAAAAGAUUAUAUUAAAAAUUUCUGGGAGGACAUAUUGAAGGAACUAUUUGCCCCCAGCUAACAGAGUGUAACUUUGGCUAACAUUCUACAAGGUUCUCUCAAAGUUAUGAACAAAUGUUUUUCCAGUAACAUUAAUAGAACAUGUGUUCAAUUUUAUCUGGUCUUCAAUAAUGUUCUCAAAAGGUUAGCACAAAAUGUUCUUUAUACAUUGUUUUAGAAGGUUUUUUAAAUGUUUGGAGAAAACAUUCUUAGAACAACAUUCUUGGUACAUCCUUCAAACAUUAGAAUGACAACUAACUACAAAGGAGUAAGGUUGUGUUUGCUGUUGUUUUUUUGAAUGUGGGAAUGUUUUGUAUCUUGUCCCAUAGUUAUUGUUAACUAUAGUUAACUUUUUUUCUUAAAUUGAUGUAAAGGUUAUGCAAGUGUUAUAAUUAAACACUUUAAAUGAAACCACAAUAUUUUCAUUAGUAUUUGGUAAAUGUUCUGAUAAUGUUGACGGAGAAAAUAUUCUUAAAACAACAUUCUCAAAACUCACCUGAGGGACUCUCAGACCAUGAGAUCAACAAAGAUUAAACUCUUUGGCCUGAAUAGCAAGCAUCAUGUCUGGAGGAAACCAGGCACCGCUCAUCACCUGGCCAAUACCAUCCCUACAGUGAAGCAUAGUGGUAGCAGCAUCAUGCUGUGGGGAUGUUUUUCAGCGGCAGGAACUGGGAGACCAGUCAGGAUCGGGGGAAAGAUGAAUGCAGCAAUGCACAGAGACAUCCUUGAUGAAAAACUGCUCCAGAGCGCUCUGGACCUCAGACUGGGGCGAAGGUUCAUCUUCAACAGGACAACAACCCCAAGCACACAGCCAAGAUAACAAAUGAGUGGCUGCGGGACAACUCUGUAAAUGUCCUUGAGUGGCCCAGCCAGAGCCCAGACUUGAACCCGACUGAACAUCUCUUGAGAGAUCUGAAAAUAGCUGUGCACUGACGCUCCCCAUCCAACCUGAUGGAGCUUGAGAGGUCCUGCAAAGAAGAAUGGGAGAAACUGCCCAAAAAUAGGUGUGCUAAGCUUGUAGCAUCAUAUUUAAAAAGACUUGAGGCUGUAAUUGGUGCCAAAGGUGCUUCAACAAAGUAUUGAGCAAAGGCUGUGAAUACUUAUGCACAUGUGAUUUAUAUA